AUGCCUCUGUUUGGGACCGGUCCGGCUGACUAUAGCUUUUGCAAUGCGCCGACGAUAGAUCCCGCAUUUAUUGCAUUGUGGAUGGCUUCAUCCGAAGUAGACCAGAAGGCUCUGGCUAACCUCGCGGCCGCCACGACCUUCGAAAGCCCUCUGCUGUCUGCAAUGUUAUACAAGAUUCUCGGCCUAUCGAUCAUGUUGUCGAAGAAGCUUCUCCGUGCGCGGCGGCUGCGACGACUGGAUCCGACUCGCGAGACCAAAUCCCUUCAGCUCUACCACCAUGUUAUCUGGCUCUCCCGGGAAGGGCUUGUAAUACUGGAACAGGUUGUGCUCCCGAUGGUCCAUGUCUCCGUCGAGUUACAGAUCCUUGCAUAUAAACUUAGAGCUUCCUUCUACCACAUCUUUGUCUUGUUUCACAACCAACCGGCCAUCCAUUCCCCGGGGAUCCUCAGCCUUGCGGGGAAUCCCGCCAGCAGAUCGGAAUCGCCCUCCAAAGACUCAAUGUCGCGGUUCUCCUUUCAAGGGAAAGGAGAGGAACUGGCUGUUCCCGAGCGGCAUACUUCCUCCAGGAACUCUUCCCGAGCGAAAGUGACCAAGGCACCACCGGGCCUCGCACCCGUCCGACCCUCCCACACGGCCGCCUUCCUCCUCCCAGCCCUCGACUAUACCCCCACCGCAACAGCCUGCUUUGAUCAAGCAGUGCUUCUAGCGGACCAAUUCCUCCCAGGCUCCCACCCGCUCCGCCUAUCCAUCAAACUCGAAUAUGCGGCCUACCUCUACGACUGCCUUCACGACUCCCAUGGUUGCCGCCGACUCGCCAAACAAGCCAUAUCCGACGUAUACAACGCGCAAGAAGGCAUGGACGACGAGAGCUUCACGGACGCAGCCGAGAUCGUGCGAGUCCUAGGCAAGAUGGUGAAGCGUGGACGGAAGACGAGCACUCUCGAAGGCGGCAGUACAACAACGCCGUCGAUGACUCCCGGUGGCGAGAAUUCGAGGAGUGACGGUAGUCGCAGCCAGGCCGAGACCCCACCGCCCAGGAAGGCCUCGCAGCCCAAGGCGAAAGUCGCAGCCUCGAGACUCCCGAUCCCUGUCAAGAUGAACCAGAAGGCGCUGUCGCCUGCUGUGCCUGACCCGACUAUCAUGAAUCCUAUCUAG